AGCGUCUAACUUCUACCAACUUUCAGCCUUUGUCGUAUGUUGCACCAUACUGGCCAUAUUGGCCCACAUGACAAGACAAUGGACACCUAUGCAUCCAAACAUCAAAGACUUCUACAGCCCUCAAUUACAUCCAUCAUCAAUGUCUCUGGUCGUGAUAGAGGAUCCAAAUUAUAUGUAGCGCCAAAAGGUAACAAGGACUCUUGUGGACAACCUCAGGUCGGCCCAUCUAGUUAUCGUACAGCUAUGCCCCAUUCCAAAAAUGCUCAACCACACCCUCCUGUGAUUCCGCCUCGAUUUCAGAAGCUGUAUGCAGCACCCACGGCAGAAGUCACAGUCACCUGCAUCUAUAUAAAGGCUGCGCUGUUCGCCGAGGGUAUUCACAUUGGCAUCCAAUCAAGUGCUCCACACCCGCAACCUCCCACUGAACCUCAUCUUCACAUCGAUCAGCAUAAACCACAAACACUACCAACUCCCACAGAACCAAUGUCUCAUCAUGACACUCAACCGCUGGGAGUCAAACUGGGUAACCAUAUGCAAACACUGAAAACACCAUCUGAACCACCCAAGCGACCCCCGGGUUUGCAGUCGCCUGCUGGUCGAGGUGUCGCAUUACCUGUACCAUCGAUUAACGCUGACCGGACGGUUGAUUUAGUUAUUGAUAUUACAGAAAUGGGCUCGUAAAGAACGGUCAUCGGGACCUGAGUUCUCAGUCGCAGAACUCGAAGCUGUAACAAUUAAACCAGAAACCCACGAACCUUCGAUCUCAUCUAUUUCUUCAAGUAGCGUCAAGCUACCGUCCGUUCGGGACAGAUUGCGAUCGUCG